UCUUCAUUUUAUGAAGAAAAAACCAAACGAAAACGACACUUUCUAUGUAAAUUCAUCACAAUUUCCAUUCUUUGCCGUUAACUUUCAGUUUCCUCUCCCUAAUUUGUCACAACCUUCCCAUUUUUCAAGUCUCUUUCACAUCACACUUUAAUAUUCAAUCACUGACUUCUAUAUUAUUCAAAACCCUAAUUAUUAAACAAAUCCUCCACCAUCAUACCAUACCCAUUGACCUUCUCUCGCCUUGAUUCUCACGUUUUCCUUCAAUUUCCACCCUUUUUCUUCAUACAUUCACACUAUGCUUCUCCAUUUCCAAUGAUGGAUUCUCCCACUAUCUCCUCUUCCUCCUCUGAGUUUUCUUCCAUAGCCACCGCUGAUCAGAGUGCAGCCCGGAGUAGGAGAAGUGGCGGCGGCAGUGAAGUGGUGGCUACGGAACAAUUGCGACGGUGGCAUGAUGUUUUCUGGUUAGGAAUAUUUGUGAUCCAUUUGAUUGGACUAGGAUUCCUUCUUGGGGUUCUUGGCUUCAAUAGGUUUGAGAUAGAGAAUAGACUUGACAUUGAUAAGUACACCUCGGGUCUUUCGGGGAAUGAAGCUGGGUUGACCGAGACUUACUGGCCGCUCUAUGGGGCUGCUGGUGGGAUUGGGACUGUUCUUGGAUGGACUUGGUUGUUGUUGUUGGGUUCCCGGGCUACUCAAAUGAUGAAGGUCUCUGUUCACAUCCUGACCACUUAUCUCGCUGUCAUCAGUGUUUUGUGUUUCUGGACCGAGCAGAUUUUCUGGGGGGUUGCUUUUGCUAUCGGUGCUGCUCUCCAGUUCUUGUAUGUUAUAUCCGUCAUAGACAGACUUCCAUUUACGAUGUUGGUUUUGCAAAAAGCUGUGAAGAUGGUUUGGAAUCUUCCCGAGGUUAUGAGAGUAUCAUAUGCAUUUAUGUUUGUUGUGCUUUUAUGGAUGGCCUUAUGGUCAUUUGGAGCAGCAGGUGUUGUGGCUUCGAACUUGAGUGACGGGGGACGCUGGUGGCUUCUUGUGAUUUUCUCUGUAAGCUUAUUUUGGACAGGUGCAGUGCUCUGUAAUACCGUGCAUGUUAUAGUGUCUGGGAUGGUGUUUCUUGUUCUUCUCCAUGGUGGCAGAGAGGCUGCUUCAAUUCCUGCUAACUCAUUAACAAAAUCUUUACAGUAUGCUUUAACGACAUCUUUUGGUAGCAUUUGUUAUGGCUCGUUAUUCACUGCUGCUAUUAGGACACUGCGAUGGGAGAUACGUGGACUUCGGUCAAAGAUUGGCAACAAUGAGUGUUUGCUUUGUUGUGUUGAUUUCCUUUUUCAUCUUGUGGAGACUCUCGUUCGAUUUUUUAACAAAUAUGCCUAUGUUCAGAUAGCUGUUAACGGUAAAAGCUUUAACCAUUCAGCUAGAGAUGCUUGGGAGCUAUUUCAGUCAACCGGGGUUGAAGCACUUGUGGCGUAUGAUUGUUCAGGCGCUGUCCUGCUAAUGGGCACUGUUUUUGGUGGAUUGAUAACCGGAACUUGCUCUGGUGCAUGGGCAUGGGUUAAAUGGAGUGACCGAGUUAUUAUGAUUGGCUCCACAUCCAUGCUGAUGGGAAUGGUUUUGGUUGGAUUGGCAAUGGUUGUGGUGGAAAGUGCUGUUACGUCGAUAUAUAUUUGCUAUGCAGAAGACCCUUUAUUAAUUCAGAGAUGGGAUGCUGAAUUUUUCAACCAGAUGUCGGAGACACUACAUCACCGACUUCAAUAUCGGAGUGCUCGAGCCAGAGAAGUUUUAACCCAUUAUCGACUCAAUGACGAUCCUAUACGAGAAAACACAGCUAUUUGAUGAAACAAAUAGUGUUUUCUUUUGUUCUACAACAGUUUAUUUAUCCAUUUGUAUCAAUCAUAGCAAUAACAUAUUUUCGUAUUAAUUUGAUGUUUAGUUAAAUUAAUAGGAAUAGGAGAAGGUUACUGGUGGUGUAAUCAGCAAUGUAGAAUUGGAUGAUGAGUAUAUAAUAGCUACAAAAUUGUAUAGUUUCUUUUAAUCUUUGACAAAAAUGUAAAAGCUUAGUUAUAUUAUUAA